AUGGCUUCACCAGAGGGCAUGAUUAACCCUCUCCACAGUUCUGUGAUAGACCGGGUCGACCCUGACUUUGCGAGAGUUUACAAUAAAUACCAAGCGCCCAAACUGCGAGCCGACCAGGUGCCCUACGAGAUAUACAACCAAGACCGCCCGAAAUACACCGUCCCGACGCACGAGAUCGAGGGCCCCAUCGCAGACGUCGAGGGCAUCACCCUCCACAAGGUCCCCGUGACACACCCCAAAGGCGAGAUCGCCAUCCAGGUGAUCCGCCCGACCGCCAACGCCAUCGCCAGCGGCGGGCUGGCGACCUCGGACGGCCUCCUCCCAGCAUACAUCGACUUCCACGGCGGCGGCUUCGUCAUCGGCUCGCUGGCCACGGACGCCACCUUUUGCCGCGGCGUGGCCCACCACGUCGGCUGCAUCGUGGUCAACGUCGACUACCGGCUGGCGCCCGAGUAUCCACACCCCACCCAGGUGCUGGACUGUCUGGACGCGCUGCGCUGGGUGGUCUUCCGGGCGGGCGAGCUGGGCAUCGAUGCAGACCGGCUGGCGGUGGGCGGGUUCUCGGCGGGAGGGUGUCUUGCCGCGGCGCUGGCACUGCUGGUGCGGGACGAAGAGGGCGGUGGCGAUGGCAACCAUGCGAAGAUCAAGAUCCCACCGCUGCGCCUGCAGCUACUCGUCGUGCCCGUCCUGGACUGCCGGUUCGUGCCGGAGGAGGAGGACGGCCGCUGCGACCCGGCCACGACGCCGUACGCAUCCUACACAGCACUGCACGACGCGCCCUGUCUGCCCAUGCACCGCCUCGUCUGGUUCUACAACCUCUGGCUGGGCAAGGGUGCCCUCCGCGCCUCCAACGCGGCCGACUUCCGCGCCUCGCCCAUGACGGCCUCGUCGCACGCAGGCCUCGCGCCCGCCAGCAUCCACUGCGCGGCGCUGGACCCGCUGUUGGACGAGGGCAGGCUAUAUCACCAGCGACUGGUAGAGGCCGGCACCCGCAGCGACCUGACGGUGUAUGACGGCGUCGGCCACCCGUUUGGGCACUGGACUGCCGAGGUACCCGCCGCCAGGGCCUUUGUGCAGGAUGCGUGGGUUGCACUGCGCAAGGCUUUCCGCUAG